AGCCAUGUCGCCUUUGUCUGCGGUGCUGGCGGCCCUGCGCGUCUACGCGGCGGGCGUGGCGGUGAUGUUGACGCAGCUGCUGCGUCGCUGUCGCGGGGGCUUCGUGGAGCCAGUCUUCCCUCGGCAGCCUGACCGUGUUGCUAUAGUGACAGGAGGCACAGAGGGAAUCGGCUUGGCUACCUGCAGGCACCUGGCAAGACUCGGCAUGCGUGUCAUCAUAGUGGCAAAUCAUGAAGCGAAUGGCCAGGAAGUGGUGAGGAAGAUCAAAGAAGAGACGCUGAAUGAGAAAGUGGAGUUUUUAUACUGCGACCUGGGCUCCCUGAGGUCCGUCCGGGAAUUUGUCUGCACGUUCAAGGAGAAGAAGCUUCCUCUGCACGUGCUGGUCAAUAACGCUGGCGUGAUGAUGGUCCCUCAGAAUAAGACCGUGGACGGGUUUGAAAAACACUUUGGCUUGAACUACCUGGGACACUUUGUUCUGACCAACCUCCUCCUGGACACCCUCAAAGCAUCGGGAUGUCCCGGCCGCAGCGCCAGGGUGGUGACUGUGUCGUCGGCCACGCAUUACGUCGGGAAGCUGGACAUGGAGAACCUUCAGAGCAGCGGCUCCUACUCCCCGCACAACGCCUACGCCCAGAGCAAGCUGGCCCUGGUCCUGUUCAGCUACCACCUGCAGAAGCUGCUGGCUGCCCAGGGCAGUCACGUCACCGCCAACGUGGUGGACCCUGGGGUGGUGAACACAAACCUCUACAAGCAUGUCUUCUGGGGCACACGUCUGUUCAAGAAGCUGUUUGCCUGGUGGUUUUUCAAGACCGUGGAUGAAGGAGCCUGGACGUCGGUCUAUGCGGCCGUUACCCCGGACCUGGAGGGCGUGGGUGGCCUCUACCUUUACAAUGAGAAAAAGACCCAGUCACUAGCGGUCACUUACGACCUAGAGCUGCAGGAACAGCUCUGGGCCAGAAGUUGCCAGAUGACCGGCAUCGUUGACGUGACCCGGGACGUCUUCUCAGGGUAGCUGCCCCGUCGGGAGGACGUCUCACGGGGUCCACCACUCACGGGUCUGUGAAAGAUCGCACCGGCCUCAUUCACUCACACUCUGUUGCCAAAACGUCAAGCCUUUCGGGAUGCCAAGGAGCAAGAGGAAGGUGGAGGGUGACCCUGAGCCGCUGGGCCUCCCCCAUCCGUCUUGUGAUUCCAAAGUGUCCAAUUAUUCCAGAUGCCAUGAAUCAUUAAACUCUGCCA